UAAACUGCGCUGACGUGUUUGCGCUGCUGAUUGAUUGUCUCGCUGGUUUUUUGGAGCCGAAUUAUAUGCACAUUAGGACUUGACUUGUGAAGAUGAGUGUUGAAGUGGAGAGAAAAUUUGUGUGCAAUGCCGACACUCUGAAAACCCUGAAAGAGAUCGGGGCAGUGUGUCUUGGUCAACGGCAGUUUUGUGACCAGUACUUUGACACCCCAAAGUUUGACCUUACUUUGAAAGACAUGUGGCUGCGUAAACGUAAAGGGUGCUGGGAGCUGAAGUGCCCAACAACAGCGGACAAGGCAGAAGAGACGUCUGGAGAACAAUCUAAAGCAGCAGCAAUGUGUUCCCGCUACAAGGAGAUAACAAAUCUGCCUGAAAUUCAACUGAGAGUUAAAGAGGUCAUAAAAGACGUUUGUGAGGACAGUGAUACGGAGACGAGCCCCUCGCAAGAGGAGGAGUCUUGGAUGAGCAGAAAUAAUCUUGUGUGCUUUGCAGAGUUUACAACAGUGAGGAGGUCGUUCACUUUAGAGGAGGAAGGGGUGCAGGUAGAUCUUGAUGAAGCUGACUUUGGCUUCCAUGUGGGGGAGAUAGAGGUCCUACUUCCAGAGGGAGGAGAUGUGCAGUCGGCCCUGGAGAAGAUUGAGAGAACGGCUGGAAAGCUGGGUCUGACUGGAGAUAAGCGUGUUGAAGGAAAAAUGCAUGCUUACCUUAGGAGAAAUCACGCAGAACACUUUGCAAGACUACUGAGUGAACAUAUUUUGUAGGACAUAUAUGUAACACAAAUGGUUGAAUGGUUUUUAAGAUGUACAUAGUCAUAUCUGUAUAACUGAGCCUUUUACAUUUUAUCUAUGAAUUGUCCAGACUUAGUAUAUUCACUUACUGUAAAGACCUCAAUCCCCCAUCCUGCAUUAGGAAUUUUAGAAAACAAUAGGCCCUUGAAAUGUACACUUGCAGGUUGCUUAAUGGUUGUGUCCUACAUGCAACAGUUGUAUUUUUGUCUGGCUGUAAUAUGGAGAGUGUGAGAGGAAGUGUGAAUACUGCAAAUACAUGUGGGGUGCAAUACUGUU